UUCGGCGGCGGCUGCGGAGCGAUGGCGGCGCCGCUGGCGGCUCCGGGCGGCGCCGGGGCCGGGCCCGGGCCCGGGGCGGGGGCGGCGCGGGGCGGGCGCGGGCCGGCGCUGCGGGAGGGGGCGCGGGUGUCGGCGCUGUGCCUCGCCUGGUACGGGCUGAGCGCCGGCGGCAACGUGGUCAACAAGCUGCUGCUCGGCGGCUUCCCGCGGCCCGUCACCGUCUCGCUGUUCCACAUCCUGGGGCUCUGCGGGCUCCUGCCGCCGCUGCUCCGCGCCUGGCGCGUCCCGCCCGCCGGCCCCGCGCAGCUGCCGCCCCGCGCCUACCCCCGCUACAUCCUCCCGCUCGCCUUCGGCAAGUACUUCGCCUCCGUGUCCGCGCACGUCUCGCUCUGGAGGGUGCCCGUGUCCUACGCGCACACAGUGAAAGCCACCAUGCCCAUCUGGGUGGUUCUGCUGUCUCGGAUCAUCAUGAAGGAGAAGCAGACGACGAAGGUGUACCUGUCUCUGAUCCCCAUCAUCACUGGUGUCCUGCUGGCCACGGUCACAGAGCUGUCCUUUGACAUGUGGGGACUCAUCAGUGCACUUGCUGCUACCCUGUGCUUUUCACUUCAGAACAUCUUCUCAAAGAAGGUGUUGAGGGAUUCCCGAAUUCAUCACCUUCGGUUGCUGAACAUCCUUGGCUGCCACGCUGUGUUCUUCAUGAUCCCAACCUGGGUCCUGGUGGAUCUUUCUUCCUUCUUGGUAGAGAAUGACUUGAGCUCCAUGUCUCAUUGGUCCUGGACUUUGAUGCUGCUUAUCAUCAGUGGAUUCUGUAAUUUUGCCCAGAAUGUGAUUGCCUUCAGCAUCCUUAACCUGAUCAGCCCCCUGAGUUACUCAGUGGCCAAUGCCACCAAGAGGAUCAUGGUGAUCACCGUGUCCCUGAUCAUGCUGCGCAACCCCGUCACCAGCACCAACGUCCUGGGCAUGAUGACAGCCAUCCUGGGGGUCUUCCUCUACAACAAGACAAAAUACGAUGCAAACCAAGAGGCCAAGAAGCAGCAGCUUCUCCCAGUGACCACUGGAGACCUGGUGAACUUGGAAAGGCACCGAAAUCCUGCUGAGAAGUCCCAGAAUGGACUCGCAGCCUUUGGCCAGCACGGGGACUUCCUGCGCAGCAACGUCCUCACAGAGCACUUCCAGUACAGCAGGCAGAACUAUCCCACAGCCUACAACCUGAACAGGUUUGAUAUUUAGGAUCCUGGCCCACAGGCACAGACUGUGACAGCAGAGUGUCCCCAGCAUUAUCAGAACACUUUCAGUACAUCCAUGAAUGUCACGGAGCCAUUGAAGUGUGCAGGGCUGGCAGCAGGAGAGGGGCAGGGCAGUGGUGCAGGAGCUGCAGCUGCUGCUGGGCAGAGCUUUAAACCUGGAACAGCCAGACCUGGAGCAGCUUUAAACCUGGAACAGCCAGACCUGGAGCAGCUUUAAACCUGGAACAGCCAGACCUGGAGCAGCUUUAAACCUGGACCAGCCAGCCCUGACACUGGAACCAAACCCACAGGGAGUGACACUCUGCUCGUGGCACUGCUGAGUGGAACAUCUGUCACUGCUCCUUUCAGAGUCUGCCAGCUCCUUGUUCUCUUGGCAGCUGAAUUCUGGCCAGUAUCUCCUUUCCAUGCUGGUAAUGUCACCUCUAACUUGUUCUCUAAUAAUGGUUCAAUGAUCCUUUUAAUGAAGCUUUCAGGAAGAAGUGAAAGCAAGGGGUACUUGUGCUGAUCAGGAUUUGUCUGGGGUGGAGCAGCUGCAGGCAGGUAAAGUCGAGUUCAUCCCCAGCAUCUGUGCAACUCCUUGUGGAUCUUCACAACUCUUGUGCCUCUGCCCUCAGCCCUGCAUGAGAAACCAGAAGUGUUUCUGCAGGAGCAGGCAGGGGAAGGAUUGAUCUCUCCCAGAGCUGCUUCAGGAAAAACACAGUUCUCCAAAUCACUGCUCGUGGCAGAGAACAGCCAAACCCAGCCCAAACUCAUCAUUGUUUUCUGAAUCAUGUAGUGCUGUAACUGCAGACAUUGCUGUCCCCUGGCCAUGCAGGAAACUCCUUCACCAAUAAAAGUGUUUGGAAUAAUA